AUGUCUACUUCUAUCCACCCUUUCAAGCUCUCCAUUGCCCAGUCCACUCUUGACGACUUGCAAACCCGUCUUAGUCUAACCCGCUGGCCGGACAAGGAGAUUGUCACAGACUGGUCCCAGGGUGUCCCGCUCGCGGCAAUUCAAGAGCUGUGCGAGUACUGGAAGACCGAGUACGACUGGAGACGAUGCGAAGCGCUACUGAACUCGUACCCUCAAUUUACAACAACCAUUGACGGGGUCGAGUUCUAUUUUCUGCACUUUCGGUCAAGGCACCAAGACGCUCUUCCCCUCGUGCUUACGCAUGGUUGGCCCGGCUCUAUUCUAGAGUUCAGACAUGUAAUCGAUCAGCUCGUCGACCCCGAACCCCACGGCGGCCGACUGGAAGAAGCGUUUCACCUCGUCAUCCCAGCACUCCCGGGCUACGCCUUUUCCGGGAAGCCGGCGGAGAAGGAAUGGGACUACCACCGCACCGCGGCCGCGUGGGCAGAGCUGAUGCGGCGCCUGGGCUACGCGGACAGCGGAUGGGUCGCCCAAGGCGGCGACUGGGGAGCCCACGUCGUCGCGAGCCUGGGCCAUCAAGCAAAGGAAAGUCAAAUCCCAAUCCACGAUACAAAGGCCGAGAAGAGGGCCAUGUAUCUUGACGAGCGCCGGGAUGCUGGGUUUCGCGGGUACUCUUUGCAGCAGUCGACGAAGCCGCAGACGAUUGGGUACGGGCUCGCAGACUCGCCGGUCGCGCAGGCGACCUGGAUCUACGAAAAGUACAGAGACUGGUCGGACCACGGCGGCAACUUGGAGGUGGUGCUCGGAAAGGACGAGAUGCUCGACACCAUCAUGCUAUACUGGCUCUCCAACUCGGGCACAUCGUCUGCGCGCUACUACUGGGAGAACCAGUUUAACUACACCGCGUGGCCGAUAGACUUACCGGUCGGCGUGAGCUGGUUCGGCGGCGACAACAGCUACGCUCCAAGGGAGUGGUGCGAGAGGUACUACAAAAAUAUCGUGUACUGGAACGAGACGGCCCGGGGGGGGCACUUUGCGGCAUGGGAGGUGCCAGAGAUGUUUGUCGCUGAGGUGCGCGGGUGGAUGAGCAGAAUUUAA